CCGGAUUGUCCGCGUGCUCUCGCUCUCGCGAAUGGUGUUUUCGGCGGCGGCGUGAUGUACGCGCGUCGCGCCGAGGGCUGCUGCGGCGGCGGCGGCGGCGGCCACGAGGUGUGGGAGACGAACCGCCGCAGCUAUUGUCUCUUGUGCCGGCGGCCCGAGAACGCAUCUUGCAGCGCACGGAAGCGGCGUGUGUGAUCGUGCCACCAGCGUCGCUUUCGCUCGGACGUUUCCAAGGCGAGGACAACGAGCGCUCCCGCUUUCCGGCGUCAGUGAAAGUGCCGGGGAAGUGUUCGCGGGCGUCCCCGUCCGACCUGCCCCUCACGGCUCAUCGGAAGUGUCACGACGCAGCGGCGACCUCGCCCUGACGCAGAGCGCGACGCGUCGUCGUCGGCAUGACCGCGGCUGCGUCCGAGGCGCGGCCUUGUCGCCCGCCUCCCGUGCGUUAGCUCCGCGAGCGUGUUGUUGUCGAGCGUGCGCGUGUGUUUGGGUGUCCGCUGCGCGGAGAUGGAUCUCGCGCGGACUGUUGCGAGUAGCGCGUCAGGCUACCUACCGGAAGGGAAUUUGCAUAACUGACACGCCUGACUGUUACCACAUAAGGCGAUCCCUGUCCCGACCGAAGACGACGACGAGGAGUUGCGACGAUCGCGACCAUGCACCGCUGCGCUGGUUUUGCGGUGUUUGACAAGGACGUGGUCAGAGAGAGGCUGGGCGCCGCGACGAGGUAAAGGACGCUGUCGAUGAGUUUGCGCUGCCGCUCUUGAAAGCGGCGGCUGCGACGAGUGCGGUCGGCAUGGCCGCGAUGCUGGAGCACAAGGACGCCGCUGGCGCUGCUGCUCGGCCCGUUGACUCGAAGCCCCAGCUGUCGUCGUCCUGGUCCAGACGGAAUGGUGUCAGGAAGGCCGCGGCAGCGAUCUUCAGGUCUCUCAGCUUCUCGAUCCGGCAGCGCGAUAACGGCGGUAAUGCGGUGGACCGCGGCGACACCGCAAGGGUCCUUGCCUGUGAUCGCGGCAAGUCAAGGAUUCCCCAACCGAAGCUGGUUCACUUCCCCAGCAAGAUGGAGGUGAGAACGGCUCCCGCGACUCCCACCUGCAGCCCCGCAAUGCCUCUCGUUUCCGACUACCGGAGUCACUUCAACAGUCCCUCAACGUCGGGCGGCGGUCCUGCCAGUUCCGCUUCUCCCUCAUUGCCGCCGGUUGCGGGCAAUUAUCAAGGCUCUCAUCACUCCCCGUCGAACGGGACUUCCUCGUCGGCUUCCACCGAAUCCAUACCUACAAACUCCCACGCCGCAGCGGCGCCAGCGAACCUGCUUUCACAUUCGCCGCAGAACGGCUUUCAUUCUUCGACUGCAACGCUGAACGGUAGCGUCAAUGGGCACAGCGUCGGAAGUUACCCCCCUGCCGACGCGACGAACGGAUCUUCACCGCACGUCAAUGGGAACAGCGGCGGCGGCGGUGACGCCGCUCAGCGACAGGCUUCCAUCACCAUCUUGAGUUCGAAGGGCACCGAGAGUCUCAAGGAGAUGGUGCAGUGUCCCAUCUGCCUGGACCGCCUGCACCGACCCAAGAUGCUCCCGUGCCAGCACACCUUCUGCUUCCUGUGCCUGCAGAACAGCGUGAUGUCGGCCGACGCGAGUCGGCUGCGAUGCGCCAAGUGCCGCUCCGAGGUUCCCCUCCCCAAGGAAGGGAUCUCGGGUUUCCCGUCCAGCAUUCACCUGCAGAACAUCCUGGACCUGCUGGAGUCGGACUACGCCUCGAUGGACGAGCUGCUGCAGUGCUGCGGCUGCCAGACGGUCAGCGGCAGCAGCGUGUUCUGCGAGCACUGCAAGCUCUCCUACUGCUCGCUCUGCAUGGCCAGGCACGUGGAGGAGUUGGCCAAGCAGCUGGGACACAUUGCCGACCAGCUCGACGCUACCGUCGACAAGAUUGCGCUGCGAUACAAGAAGUUCGAGUCUAGCCAGAGCGACAUCCAGUCCAAGGUUCGCCUGGAGGCCGAGAAGCGUGUCCGGAAGAUCCGGGACUCGGAGGCGCACCUGCUGCUUCGCGUGGAGACCGCCAGGGCUGCCGAGGAGACGGGCCUCCAGGACGUGGUGCAGAAGGUGCGGGCUGCAGCCACCGGCGCGCGCCUCUUCUCGUCCAAGGGCUUCGACGCAGCGCAAGACCCAAACGAAAAGAUUCUGGCCUUCAUGAAGCUACACCGCGACGCCGGCGACGCCCUGUCCGAAGUCACGGCAGUGGGCAACACGCAAGUGAGCUUCGACCCGGAGGCAUUCAGCGUCACGAUCGAGUGCCGGACGGAUGCCGUCGCCGAGGACGACGCCGAGUCUCCGGGAUCUCCGAGCAGCAGUCCGGAGACGACGCCCUACUCGGCUUCUUCGCCGGCGAACGCCCUCAGCUCGCCCGGUCCUCCGGCGGCCGACGCGCCGAACCAAAGCAAGGCGGAGCUCCAGAGGGUGGCCGCGGAUGCCCAGUCUCGCCUGUACCGGUCCAAGUCGUUCCUGGCCCGCAUGAGGCUGGGCAACGGCCUGGUGCAGCGGCCGUCGGGCGCGGCCGUGUCCCCGUGGUCGUCGGAGAUCUUCGUCGUGUCCAUGGACAACCACAAGGUGCUCACGUUCGACUCGACGACGGGCCGCUUCCUGCGCUCCUUCGGCAGCCGGGGCCAGCAGGAGGGCGAGUUCCUGUGCCCUUUCGGCAUCGCGCUGUCGCCGGUUGACCAGGAGAUCCUCAUCACGGACAAGUGGAAGCACUGCAUCCACGUGUUCGACAGGGACGGCAACUUCCUGCGCCAGAUCGGCAUGAAGGGCCGCUCGGCGGGCCACUUCCGCAGCCCCGAGUCCAUAUGCGUGGACAACGCCGGGCGCAUCUACGUGUGCGACACGUGCAACCACAGGAUUCAGGUGCUGGACCACGACGGCAUCUUCCUGCGCGAGAUCGGCACCCACGCGCAGCCCGAGAACGCGUUCAACCGGUCGCGCAGCAUGUUCCAGGAGCCGACGGGCGUCGCGGUCAGCGCCGACGGCCAGCGGGUCGUGGUGUGCGACUUCGGCAGCCACCGGGUGCACGUGUUCUCGAGCGGCGGCGAGCACCUGCACACGUUCGGCCAGAAGGGCGCGCUCAAGGGCCACUUCAUGCACCCGGAGUGCGUGGCCGUGGACGGCCGGGGCUUCAUCCUAGUCGGCGACAGCGGCAACGGCCGCGUGCAGAUCUGCCGCCCGGACGGCCGCCACGUGCGCACCUUCGGCAACAAGGGCUCCAGCAGCGGACAGUUCAGCUGGAUAUCCGGCAUCGCCGUCACGGCGCAGAACGAGGUGGUCGUGUGCGACUUCAAGAACCACUCGGUGCAGGUCUUCUGAGGGGGCAGGCCACGACCUCGGUCCCACCUACUCCUCCUCGUGUCGAGCACUUCUGAUUCUGUUCCUGUCGUCGCCUCGCGCGUCCAUUGCGCGCGCGCGACGUUUUUUUGCAUCGUGCUGGUCAAGCCAUGCACGCGCGACACAAGCGGCAUUAUAAGCGCACGCACCAUGCAUACGCGUGACAUAUGUCGUGCUCGGCAUGUGCGAAUAUACUGGUAUGCGUCUGCGUACCUGCAGAUCAGCGCCGUGUGGGCGGUUCGACACCACGGCCCCUAUUCACAAAGAGCUUUUUUACGCUUGAUGAGGUCGUAGCGGGAAAAAAAAGGCCAAUAGCAGCAGUGGAGAUAUCCUUAAGCUGAGGCUCUGUGAACAAUAAGUUUUGUGAAAUCGGCCCCAGAAGUGCGUAUGUGCCUCUAUUCGAGAGGCCGAGCUAUCGCGAAUGCGACACGUGUACCGUUAGGAAUGGCUACCGAAAUGCUCGCGAAGGUUUUCAUCUUCUUUGCGGACGCUUAUAGCGUGUGGAUCCUGACCCCAAAUGAUCGCACGUGUUAUCCUACUGGCCAUCCUCAUGUUCACGUGACACCCGUGGCAUUAAUCGAGCGCACUAAAACGUGCACGGAACCGUGCUUACCGCACGCCGAUCGCGUGGGUCUGCGCCAUAUAUAUCUGUGCGCUAUGUUACAACAUGCUCUCCAAGGUGCUGAAUCAUGACUUAAAAACGCGCGCUCACUCGCAUAUGCCAAGUGAAACAGUGCGCCAAAGUAUCCGACGUUUCAAGUAUUGCUUAGGAGGUUACCUCCGUACUCAGAAAUGCAUCUUAACUUCAAGACCUUGCUUGAUGACGCCUGAUGCGAACGUGCCUAUAAGACGCCCACUGCGUUUCAUCGGUUGCGUUCACGACACGCGUCAUUUCAAUGAGGUCAAGCGUGGGCUUCAAGUUAAGAUGCAUUUCUGAAUACGGGGGUCAGUCUCGCGUGUGAAGUUUGCAGAUUCGCCGUAUAACUUCUCAUUACCUAACGGCGCCACCGAGUGUCGGGAUCGGGGCAAUACGAUAUAAGCUUGGAUGGGCGCACACAUGUUCCGACCUCCAGCGACAACUAGCUUUGACCAUUCUGGGCUAUUUUUUUUUUAAUCCGACUGGGCGCUUCUCCGCCUUAAGGUAUUGUUACAGCUUUUCUUUCUCCGUGGUGCCGUUUUCGAUUGCUAAGUCCUUGUUUUAAUUUUUGUGACUCUUUUCUCCAUAGUUUUGUCAACGUGUCGCCGUUAGAAGUGCUUCCGAAAUGGCGAAAACUAUCUGAUGGUGGGAAAUAGUCUGCAGAUGGUCGCAACGUAGGGGAGAUGAUCGGAAGCAAAAUUCAGAGCACUACAUUUACAUGCGUCUAUAUUAUAACAUUGUCGCGGCUGUCGGAUUUGUUAAGAAUUUCCGUCUAAAGCAUAUACGACGAAAAAAAAAGAAAGAAGCCAGACACAACAAUAUUGAAAGUCUUGUAAUGCUGUACUGUUAUAGCUCGUUUUCUCAUAUUCGGGAAACACACUUGGCAUUUCCUUACUUGUCAAAAAUUAGCAUAAUGGCAGGAAUUCUCAGUUCGAAUGUUUUGAGCAGCGAUAUGAAAGAGUCACCUAUGAGACGAAAGUUGCCACAGUGCCGAGAGUUAGUUGAAAGCUGUGUGGGUGAGAGGUCACAUAACCAAAGUGAGCAGGCCUCCAACUAUUUAUUAAAUUGCUAAAGGUUAAAUAACUAGUUGAUACAAAAAAAUAUAUUGGCCCAUCGUAGUGACCUUGCUGCCGCCUGUGUAGUUAGACCGUUAAUAUACGUCGGUUGAUUUUAUGACGGCAAUCCUGGGAGUGUAGCGCAGGCAGGUCAGUCUGGUUUCGCAAAAGAAAUAGUAACAACGCAGUUGAAAAACGGAGUGCCUUGUACGCAUUUAGCCAUAUAGUGAGCUAUUAUUUCUACGUUUAUAAACGUGGUACGCCACUUAGGCCUCCAUAGGUACAUUUUCCUUGCUAUGUGUAAACACUCUUUGAAAAAUCCUAUAAAGAUACGUCAGCAAAAAAGAAAAAAAAUUGCAGCAUCAAAGCUUCUUUGUACCGUCUCGAGCACACUUGAAGUUAAAGACUGCACCCUAGUGGCUUUAAUGAGCGCGUUUCUUUCGAGGCGUUAGCUUGUCUAUAGAAGACGGCACUCUGACUUAACUCGUCUCGUGUACGUUGCAAGAAAUAAAAGUGUCAGGCGUGCCCUUUCAGCCACCUUCGAGAACAACAUCCACCAAUCUCAAGGAUCAGUGAAGGUCCAUAAGCAUGCCGUAAGACAUAGUCCACGACCAUAUUCAACGACACUGACAUGAAAGUAAAAGAAUAUCAGUGUAUGUCCGAGAAAUAAAAUGCUGUUGAAUCACACUGUUCACAGCAAUCUUGUCGCGUGAUGUCUUCUUUUGUUUAAUAUCUCCAUGGACACCUGGAAAACGCUAAGAGUGAUCAGCGUAAUGCGCUUUAAGGCGCACUUUUACUCGUUUUUCAGAGGCCGAAUUUGCAUUUCACGAAGGAAAGUUGAACGAAGUCGUGCUCGCGUGCAGCCACCAGGAUGCACUGCCACUGUAGCAGGGCAACAAUAUUUGUGAUCAUCAAAACUUGCCUGUGGCAGCGGUUCACGUUGAGGGAGUCGACACAGCUCGCGGAUUUCAACGCCCGCUGGCAUCAAUAGUCGUUGAAAGAACACGUGUGGCACGCGUAUGUAUAGCAAUAGCUUGCCGACAAUUUUUCGAUCAGUGGAUCUCGUUGCGUUGUACAUAAUAGUGGCUGUGCGUGAGAGUGCCGCCUCUGGCCGCAAGAGAUGGUCGGUAUCCCACGAAACUUCGAGCGUAGAUGUUUUGUGCGCAUUAAGUGUUGAUGUGGUCAGUGAGCUCUACUUCUCGUUGAAAACCUUUGCUGUGUGUUCUUGUAUGAAAAUAAAGCUGAGUUGUCGUUUUC